AUGUUGCUGUGGGAGGGUACCUGUGAGGAGCAGGAUCUGUCUAAUGCGUCACUGGCUUUAUUCAACUCGAGGUAUGCCGAGUCUCCCGGAUUCACUAGUGGCCAGUGUUUCGUACUGCCCUCGGGGCAACAUGUGCUGUCCGAUCACCCCUGCGACCACGAUCAUCCCUUCAUAUGCGAGCUGCAUGCAAUAGACGGAGUGUCAAUAAACAGCCAGAAUACCACAGGAUACAUGGAAGAGGGAGACGAUUCCAAGGCGGCCCAUCAGUGUGAACCGGCAGUCUUGGACGGACAAACAACUACUGAGAUGGACCAAACAACUACUGAGAUGGACCAAACAACUACUGAGAUGGACCAAACAACUACUGAGAUGGACCAAACAACUACUGAGAUGGACCAAACCACUACUGAGAUGGACCAAACAACUACUGAGAUGGACCAAACAACUACUGAGAUGGACCAAACAACUACUGAGAUGGACCAAACAACUACUGAGAUGGACCAAACCACUACUGAGAUGGACCAAACCACGCAAGUGACUUCUGUUCCUACAGAUGAAACCUCUUCGCCGGCUAACGAUAACAUCGGGGGUCUAAUCGAGGCUUCUUGGCCAGCAAACGAUAUUUUUGUGGGUGCUGACGAGAAUACAUCCCCAGCGAACGAUCAACAUGUGGAUGCAGUCGAGACUUCUUCGCCAGUGAUUGUUAACUAUUCGGAUGAGGUGACUUUUGUUCCUUCAGAUGUAACUCCUUCGCCAGCGAUCGAUCAACAUGUGGAGGCAGACGAGACUUCUUCGCCAGUCAUUGUUAACUAUUCGGAUGAGGUGACUUUUGUUCCUUCAGAUGUAACUCCUUCGCCAGCGAACGAUCAACAUGUGGAGGCAGACGAGACUUCUUCGCCAGUGAUUGUUAACUAUUCGGGUGAGGUGACUUCUGUUCCUUCAGAUGAAACUCCCUCGCCAGCGAACGAUAACUAUUUGCGUGCAGAUGAAACCACUUCGCCACCGAUUGUUAACUAUACGCGUGAGGACGAGACUUCUUCGCCAGCAAACGACAACUCUGGGACAACAUACAACAUCGUAGACAGUGCAGACAGCACCCCUCGGGCGACAGAGAGCCAGGUCUGUAGAGAAUAUAAUAUCCCUGUAAUGAGCGAGAAGGAACUGGGGGCCGUUCUGGCAGCUAUCGCAAAAGAGUUGGCCGUGGACAAGGAGAACCUGUCCAGCCGUGUUCGGAAGAAGGUCAGUGCCCAUGACCACAGACCAUCCGCCGCCAGUAUUGGAUACGUAGCUGUCUUCAUAAUAUCCAUUCCAGUCUUUGUUAUCCUCGUGUUAGAUAUACCCCGAGCUGUUCAGCAGAUCAAGUGUGUGUUCUUCACUAUCAAAACCAAGGGCAGGCCAACUCGAACGGCCAAGUUGGUUUAACUGUAUGACUCGGUUGCCUAUUAAGAAAGUUGUAUUUUUCAUAUUUUCUAUGGA